UCAUCCGCACUGAAAUACAAAACCCUGCUGGCAAACAUGAUUCCUUGAACCUUGCCAGUUUUACACGAACUCACUUGUUUUCUGGGUUUGACUUUCAGUGAAUUAGGCGCCGACGGAGCUAUUCCUUUGGAUUAUUUCUUCAAUCUUUAUGAUUAAUCGUGGUCAAAGAUAUGGUUGCCCCGACUGGGACCACGGCCCAUCGAGUGGACCCGGGUUCAUGCCCUCAUUUGCCCAACACCAGCUGGGAUCGAGAUGAAGAUCUUUCCUGCAUCGCCACCACCUUCCACUAUUUAAACACCUCAGGCUGGUACUGGGGUUCCAUCUCGGCGAGCCAAGCUCGGGACAAACUCCUGGCAAAGUCUGAAGGCACGUUCCUGGUGCGGGACAGCAGUCACCCUCAGUAUAUGGUGGCGUUGUCAGUGAUGACCCAGUGCGGACCGACCAGUGUCCGAAUACAGUAUAGGAGAGGCUCUUUCUGGCUGGACUCGCUCAGUCCUGAGCUGCCUCAGCUGCAGUCUUUCCCUGACGUCAUCAGUCUCGUCCAGUGGUACACUACAACGGGACAAGCGCCGCAAGGACCGGCGGCGUCCAUUGAGGAUAAUCACCUCUCCCACAAAAGGCCCGACCAUGUCCUAGUCCCCUCUGUGAAGGACAACGGCGUGAUCCUGAAGCUGCUGCAUCCCCUACACAGGCCAGAGACCUUUCCACGUUUGCAGCACCUAGCACGCCUCGCUAUCAACAGAAACACAAACUGCCCUGACCAACUUCCCCUGCCGAAGUCUCUCCUGAACUACUUGCACGAUUACCCUUUCCAUAUCUGAGAGUCUCCACUGAAACAGAGAUACUGGCGGAGGUAAUCAAUACACUACAUCUGAGAGGUUUUGCGAUAUUGUAAUAUUUGCACAUGAAACAAGUGUCUUUCAACUGUUGUCCCUCAAAAUGGUCUUUUUCCAUGACGACGCAAAAGGCUUCUGCAUGUAUUCUGAGGAUUGUUUCGAUUUUCUAAAUAAAUGUUUUGUUCAGCAGUGGCCUGACAAUCUUGAUUUUGCUACCUGAAACACUGUAAAACUCUUUUUUUUGCUUAUGUGUAAUCAAAAAUUGAAUCAUAACAAUGUUUGUCCUUUACUUUUCAACAAAUGAAUAAAGGAGGUAUUCAACACAUUUAAGAGAUGUCUUGAGAAAAGUGAAAAAGUCAACUUUUCGAAAACGAAAGACUACUCACACGAAAAAAAGACAUUUUUUUUAGAUUUUAAAAAUAAUCCUUAUCACUGAAUUUAGGAGAUAUUUUCAAAGAUGUAACAAUUGUUGCAAUAUUCUAAUGGAUCCUACAAACGUCAAGUAAUUU